AUGGUUUCCUUCACCAAGCUGUUCACCACUGGCCUUCUUGCCACCUCGGCCCUCGCCAUCCCAGUCGCUAAGCCGGUGACCGUCGAGGUGCAAAAGCGCAACAGCACCCUCACUUCCAAGCGUGGUGCCGCCUACAACGACAUCUCUACCGUCUCCCCGCUCAGCUCUGCCGGCACCGUCUCCUGGGCCUACAACUGGGCCAUGUCACUGUCCGGUAGCCUGCCCUCCAACGUCGACUACGUGCCCAUGCUCUGGGGAGCCAAGGACUUCGGCGGCUGGGUUACCGCCAUCGAGACUGCUCUCUCCUCCGGCAGCAACUACAUCUUGGGUUUCAACGAGCCCGAUAUGACUUCCCAGGCCGACAUGUCCGCCUCCCAGGCUGCCAGCUACUACAAGACCUACAUCACUCCCUACUCCGGCAAGGCCAAGCUCAUUUCUCCUGCCGUCACCUCAUCCACCACCAGUGGUUUGGGUCUGUCCUGGUUCAAGGAGUUCAUGAGCGACUGCUCGUCGUGCGGCAUCAGCGGACUUGCUGUCCACUGGUACGGCAACACUGCCGAUGAGUUCAAGUCCUUCGUCACCCAGGCCGCCAGCACUGCUUCCAGCUAUGGUCUGUCCGAGCUCUGGGUUACCGAGUUUGCGCUCAACUCUGACGCUGGUGGUGUCGCCGAUGCUGCUACUACCGCUUCCUUCCUUGAGACUGUCAUCCCCUGGCUCGACGCCAACACCAAUGUCACCCGCUACUCCUACUUCAUGUGCGCUGACAACUACCUUCUGACCAACAACGCUCUGAACCAGGCCGGUCAGGCUUACACUUCCUAA